AUGCUAGCCAGACCUUUUGUGCUGUGCCUCGUGUCCUCUGCCAUAACCUGUGUCAUCGCCGCCCCAACCACCCCGACAGAUGCUGAUCCCUCUUCUUCAACAGAUUCCGAAUUUCCAGAGGUCAUUCCAGGACCUGGCAUGCCCUCCCUGGAGUCUCUUGGUUUGACUACCGCAGAUCUCUACCGCAAUAGCACCUUGAAAGCGUUGUCUGCCAACCAUGUUGAACUUCUCAUUACUUGUGAAAAAGGAGGGUUGACCGUCUCACAGAGCAGCGCGCAGGCAUGUGUCAACUAUUUGACCAGCCUCGGUACUACAGACUGCAUGGUACCUGCAAACGGCCUAAGUCGCUUCUGUUCAAGUGGAAACGCAAACAUUUGGGGUACAAAUGUCUGGGGUAACGGUCAAGAUGUGCACUCCUGGUGCUCGGAUGUGGGCAUAACCGCUCAGGAUAUUGUCAGCGGUUGCGUAAUUACAAGUGGACAGGUAGAGGGCUAUGGCCCAGCAGCCCAGAAUUCCAAUCUACAAGUCAGCGUUGAGGCAUAUGAUACUGUCUGUUAA